UAUUAUAUUAGUAAUAAUUUCCGUUUUAAAUUGCAUUUUUAAUCGUCAGAAAUUUAUGCUGCUUAAUUAAUAUUGUUGUUAACCAGUUUUUAUAUAAAUAUAGAAGGUGAUAAACCAUCUUUAAAAUUAUUAGUAUAAAAUGUUUUGUUAUUUGAUUGUGCUAGCCUUAGUGGCUUUAACAUUGGGGGAAAAAGCCAAAAUUACAGAUUACCCUUAUCAACUAUCUUUAGAGGGAUUGGGAACCCAUUUUUGUGGGGCUGCCAUCAUUGGUGAAAAAUGGGCUUUAACAGCAGCACACUGUGUGGAUGGCUUUACUACGGACAAUAUUGCCAUAAGAGCCGCAUCAGAAGUCGUGGAAGAAGGAGGUAUUAAAGUUCAAAUAAAAACUAUGCAUAAGCAUAAUGAAUACAGUCCCCAAACAUUAGAUUACGAUUUAGCUAUUUUGGAGUUAGCCACAACUAUUCCAUUUGGAAAAAAUGCAUCUAGUAUUCCACUGGUUAAAGAAAAUGCCUUUUUUCCUGAAAAUACCACCGCCACCAUAACGGGAUGGGGCUUCCUAAGUGUUUCUUCAAAGCUUGGACUUUCUCGUUAUCUCCAGGUUACUAAAGUACCUAUUGUCAGCAAAGAACAUUGUAGAAAGGCUUAUGUUGGCAAGGGCAGAAUAACUGAUAAUAUGAUUUGUGCUGGAAUUAUGGAAGAUGGACAAGAAAACUGCCUGGGAGACACUGGUGGACCUUUGGUGAUUAAUGGGUUUUUAGCUGGUAUAGUAUCAUGGAGUUCUGGGUUUCAAGCUUCCGACUUUUUAAUACGAGUUGGUUCAAGUAUAGUUGAUCAAGGUGGGCAAGUUAUUAAUGUCAGCUCUAUUUUCCAACAUCCCAAAUUCGAGUACAAUAAAUAUGAUUAUGACUUAUCCUUGCUUAAACUGACUUCCAAUAUUACUUUAACUCCUAACAGUACCGCAAUUCCUCUGAAUGAAUCUGAUAACUAUAUUAAAGUUGGAACAGAGGCCACUAUUACAGGUUGGGGAAUGCUUAAAGAACAUGAUUUGGAUCUACCAGCUCAACUUCAGGUCGUAACUGUUCCUGUCUUAUCAAUUGAGGUUUGUAAAGCUGCAUAUGGAGAAGAUAUAACUGACAGAAUGUUUUGUGCUGGAUAUUUGGAAGGAGGAAAGGAUUCUUGUCUAGGCGAUUCAGGUGGACCCAUCUCGGUAAAUAAUGUAUUAGCUGGUGUAAUAUCGUGGGGAAUUGGAUGUGCUGUUCCUAAAUAUCCUGGAGUGUAUACCAAUAUUUCCAAUCCAAUUUUAAGAGAAUAUAUAAAAGAAGUCACAGGAAUUUAAUUUGAUGUAUUUUGUUUUUUGUUUUAAUAGUUAUAAUGCAAUAAACCAAUAUCUGUACU